CGUCGCACAACAGCGCCCGAGCUUUCCUCCGGCCAUUGUUGAUAUGCAACAGCGAGGAGGAGGCGGAACUGUCGCGGACAUUAAGCAGCAGCGGCAGAACAAGAGUUGGAGGAACCACAGACCACUUGGCAUACAAGAAUAUAUGAGUUGAGUCUCUUUUAAACACCAAAUUUCGUCUUGAUGGAGAUUUUGAGCUGCGUGGUCUGCCUCUGGAAGUGCAAAUAUGUUGGAGAAAUGAAGCAACACAUGCUCUCGAGUGAGCAUACCCAGAAAAUGUCACAAGUAUUUCAGAAAGUCUUUUUCCACUUUCCUGGCUUCUUUCCAGAUAUUAAGGACUGGUUUGUAAGGCAGAAUUUCCGUAGCCCCCUAUUAGGGUUGUCUCUGCUGACUCUCUGUUUCAGCCCUGAGAUAGAGUCAAUAUUCUAUUUGUGCCAUGCCUGCGAGGAAAAGGUUCCACCGGAGACUGUAUACCCCCACAUGUUUUCUGAGGACCAUGUUGGCAACUACUAUACUUUUACAGAUCCGAACAGGUUGUUCUUCUCCUGGCUGACAGAUGUUAACGUCAGAAUGAACAAUGUGCUUAAACAGGAAGCGUUGCAGUGUUCCAGAAGUAUGCAGCUUUUAGAUUUGCCGAAAGAAAUGUGGGUCCAGUUUCAAAAUCUUACCUACUUCGAAGUAAUGACACGCGUCACUGAGAAGCUUCCAAAUCACAUAAAAGCUCUUAGCCCGCCGAGGGUGGAAAUUGAAGCUUACCUAAAGGAUGCCAAGAAGCGACAUCCACUUCUCGGGAUUCAACACAUUGUUGAGUGUACUACAAUUGGAGAAACAAAGAAGUGUUACCUCUGUACACUUUGCAAGCUGAGUUUCCCCAACCAGCUGAUUAUUAAGCACGUGCUGAGCUUUGACCAUGUGUUUGCAUAUUUAGCCGCCUGGCAUCCUUCCUCCCUGAUGCCUAAGGAAUUCUAUACACCAUGCAAAGCAACAUAUAUUAAAAUGCUUGAUCUAGCCAAGGAAGAUCUGGACAUUCUUGGAUGUGGUCAAAUGAGGCAACUGAGAUUGGAGUCAGAUGAUUUCGAGUCAGUGAACUUCUCUUCCUAUGACCAAGCUUUAGCCAAGCUUGAAUCCAUUGCCAAGGAAAAGCAUGAACCCAGCCUGGUUGUGAACAUCAUCCCAGUGAACAGACUUGCAUGUGUUCAGUCGUGCAAAUUCCACUGUCAGAACUGCAAUGAGACGCUUCUCAGUGGACACCUUUAUUUCGAACAUGUCCUCUCUGCAGAUCAUCGAAAGAUGCGGAGCCUCCUGUUGGGCAAAGAUCAAUUAGAUGACAAUUCUUCGCCCAGUUACUCGAGUUUUGAAUAUGUUCUGAAGCUUGGCAAACGUAUCCACGAAAGCACAACCACGGACACACCAGCAGUUGGCACAACACUGGUGAUGUUUUGUAUGGGCUGCGAGGAGAGUUCCAACAUGCUGUUUGUCUGCUUGGCAUGUGAACUUGUAAUGUGGUCCAAGCUUUUGUUCAGUCACCUGAGAUCAAGAGAACAUCUCAUUUCUACAUUGAUGUAUUUCAAUCCUUGGCGACUGCCCUUUGCCUGGCAGGGUACAUUGAAUGUGCCCUUGUUAAACAACAUCGCACUGGAAGAGGAGCAGAAAAGAGGACCGAAACGGCUGAUGGUGCUGGAUAUCCCAAGAAAUAGGUUUCCUGCUUUUUCUCAACUUGGUCACACGAGAAUGAUGAAGGAGCUGUCAGCGUGUGACCCGUCAUUCAAGUGCAAGGUGCCCUUGCAGGAAACAUCCAGCGCCCUCUGUGAGGAGAGAUAUCCACUGCUGGGCCUGCAGUUUAUUGUCAAGUACUAUGUCAGCUAUUUCGAUAAAACCGCAAGGUUUGCCUGCCUGCUCUGUAAGAUGAAGGUAGAGAAUGACGCCUGGCAUGUCCAUGUGAUCAGCAGAGUACAUGUUGCUUCAUUUCUGAAGAGUUUCCAUCCAGGCUCAGUGGAUAUCAGCACGACUGAGGUGGAGCUGCUGGACUUGGCCAGGCAGUCGAUGGCUUAUCACCCUAUUGCAGAAAUACAAGAAGUAUCAUUAGCCAGGCCUAUCUGGGAGGUUGACACAGUCGACUACAACAAACUUCUUCGCAUCCUGAAAGCAAAUAAAAGCUGUCUGAAUGAAUGCCUUCCUUCGCCCAUCAUUCCUCAGGUUAAACUAGUCCCUAGGACGUCAGGUGAAACGGAGGACACAAAUCAUGCUCUGGAAUCAACGACUGAAAAGACUGAUCAAAGCUCUUCGGUUAAAUUCGACAUUGAGAGAGAGGGAAUCACAAGUGUCUCCACUAACAAGGAUUUUUACCAAAAGGAAAGCAAAGCUGAGCCGCAAAGUCAAGAUGCUGUGUUACUGGAGAAAAAUGGACAAGAAAAUAAAGCCAUGCUGCAGAAAGAGCAGCUUGUGGAGCAACAAAACAGAGGAGAGAAGAUGGAGCAAAAGCAAGCGGACUCUUCGAAACAACCUAUCAGCGAGUCCAGCUCACAGAAGAACAUGUGGAAUGAAAGACACUGUCCUGAGGAGUUUGACGGGAAGAUCCAACAGGUCAUGGGUUUGCCUUUCAUGAACUCUGCUGAGAGGCACCCAAAAACAAAUCACUUAAACCGGAUCGGCCAUGAAGUCCCUCUUGACAAAGAUGCUGAAGCUGCUGGCAGGUGUGACGUCUGUCCAACUGAGCCUGCAAGAGGAGUGGAGCCUUCACAUCUACAGAAGCCUGUCUACUGGACUGACACCCCAGCUUCUCAAUAUAGAAGUCCCCAAGUCCUCAGCUCUCCAUCUGCUGCCUCCACGCUGAACCCAAAUGCAGCUGCGCUAGCUUUCAUGUCUGAUACAAACCACAGUGACGUGGAGGGGACCCAGUCGCAAGGCUCAGCCAAUCCUCAGAUAACCUUACCGAGGACCAUCAGAACCACUGAACGAAGUUUGUCCACCGAUCAUUCCCGUCCGGCCGGCAAAAGAAGCAACAAGGAAAAACGCCCUCCUAAAGUUGGCUUGAGAUAUAUCAUCACGGUCGUAUGCGGAGAGAAGCAGCAGGUCUACUGCCAGCUUUGUUCCAUCAGGUUGAUUCAGUCCAGCCACCUCUCUUCUUUGGAGCACCGAAGAAAAUACGUUAAAAAAAGGUUUCCUCACUGGAAUGCAACGUCUGCGGAUGAGAAUGAGCUGGCGAAGAUGGUGAACAAGUUGGUUGACAUGGACAAAGGUCUGAGUGAUCAGAAACUGAAAGUAGAGCGUGAAAUGUAUCAAAAUCUGGCUAUUCUUCCUGAAGUAAAAGCCAUCCUAGUGCUCAGAGAAAUUUUGAGUGCACGGGGAAAGCGAAAUUCCGUCUCUGUCGCUCCAUGCUGUGAUGAGGUUUCCAAUCCCAGAAUACCUUCAGCCAAGGACGGUGGCCAACACAUUCCCGGGCGCAUGCAGCGGCAGUCAAGUUCUUCUCAGAGCUCAAAGAAGGAGGGUCAGAAAUACGUUGAAGGACCUGAAAACUGGAAACCUGUCAAGGCUAUUGAAAAAUCAUCUGCUGACCGUACCGCAGAGAGGUGUAGAGAGAACCCAUAUGAUGCAUCUGAGAAGCACACUCAGAGCCUGAUAAAGGAGAGUCUGAACCCAAAGGAAGAAUCCACGUGUCCUCCUGGAUUCCACACUGUUCAUCAGAGACCUAAUGAGGCUUCUGAGAAGUCUCCUGCUGGAUUGGCAAUUAAGAACAGCUUGUUAAAGGAUACUCAGAAACUCUAUGAUGCACCGAAGAAAUCUAGAGCACUCUCCAGUGUUACAUGUGCGCCUCAUGAAGAGAGGUGUCCUCCGGGAAUCUCCUCCUCUAAUCAGAACUUGCUGGAGGACAUUCAGAGAGCAGCUUCAGGAUCGUCCAGCGCUGAUCAGAACUCAAGGAUGGAUGGCCAGAAACCCUAUGAUGCAUCUGAGAAAUCUCUCCCAAGAUCUUCUGCCGUUAGUAAGAAACCCUAUGGAGGACCUGAGAAGUAUCUCCCAUCAUGCUCUAGUGCUAACCAGAGCUCAAUAAAGGAUCACCAGAAGCCUCAAAAAGCACAUGAGAAGUCUUCUGUAGGAUUCUCCAGAAAUUGUCAGAGCUUAUUGCAGAAUAGUCUGAAGCCCCAUGAAUCACCUGACAAUGCUUCUCCUGGAUUCUCCAGUAUUGAUAUCAAACCACAUAAAGAAUUGUCCAGAAGUAGUCAGAGCUUAUUGCAGAGUAAUCCAAAACCUCAUGACGCCUCAAGCGCCAAUUGGAAACCUCAUGAAGCAUCUAAGUGCAACUCUGCUGACAAGACCUUCUUGAAGGAUAAUCAGAAGCCACAUGAAGCAUCUGGGAAGUCUUCCACUGAAUUCCCGGCUGCUAUUGAGAGCUUAGUGAAGGCAGUUCAGAAUCAAGGUGAAGCACUUGGGAAGUCUCCUGAAGGUUCCAGUGCUUAUCAGACAUUAGUGCAGAAUACUGAGAGGCUUCCGGAAAGGUCCCAUCCAGGAUUCUACACUAUUCAUUGGAAACUCCAUGAAGCACAUCAUAACCCUUUAAUCUGUACAGCAAAUCAGAGCUUGAUGAAGAAUGGUCAGAAACCUCUUGAAGCACCUGAGAUAUCUCCCACAGGAUUCUCACAUGGUGACAUUCCUGGUGAGCACUUCCCACUGUUACAGCCGGGCCAGAGCGAGCAACAAAUUGAACCAGGAAUGCCUGGAUCAGGGGGAACAAUAGAUGUUGCUCCAAGGGAUUUGUACAGCCUUCUGAAGAAAAACGAUGUCCAGGACGUUAUUGGCCUGGCCUUAAUAUGGGAGUGUCAUGCCACCCCUGACUCUGCAGGCUCUCCAACCCUGUACCUUUGUGAGAGCUGCAGUAAGACGAUGCUCUUUGAAAGUCUUUGCCAACACUUGGUCAGCGUGGAGCACCUGCAUAACUACUUGCUGAGAGAGUAUCCCCGUCUCAUAGACUUUUGGUCUAUGGAGGAUUUGCUGCCGUGGAUGAAAGAGGAAAUUCUUAGGGAGGUUGCUCACUUCCUUGCUGUCCGGGAGCGACACAUCAAGAAGGAUGCUCAGACGAUCCAUUUGAGUCAAGUUCUCUACAAUAAGAUCAACGGAGAGUCAUUCAGUAAUGCACUGAAAAUUCUCCAGCACUGUAAAAAGAACAGCUCUGCAUGAUAAUCUGCGACCGAGUGGUUUGGAGCCAGACAACAUUUCAAGAAGUGUGAUGCCCGGAACUGGACACAUCUGUUGUUACCCACCUUUGUUUUGAGUUGAUCAAUAAAAAGUUCAGCGAAUUUCUUAAAACUUUAACAAAACAAACUGUCAAACCUUGUCACAUAUUUUGUUUGUUUUGCACAUGUGGAAGGCAUAGGCCGUACCAGUGGUCUGUUCAAGCCCAAUAUUUGGAUGGUGAUGCUCCACCCAGAACACAUUCAUUCAGUUAAAUCACAAAACAAGAGUGAAAACCCUGGUUUGCUAAAUUGAUGAUCAGAUGCUUGCCUGUUUUAAGUUAUAAAUAUAUAGAGGUUUUAUAAAUGUUUUACAACAUAUACAUGCUAA